CAAUGUCGAUUCACGUAGAAAAUACAUUACAAAAAACAAAUAAAGAAGCUUUCGAGCAGCGUGCACACUACGUGCCGUGUAAAGUGGAAGAAGAUGGUCCUGCUAAUGUAGAGAAAUAUUUCGAGCCGUACGUCGUUGAAGAAGAUGCAGAAUUAACGGCGUCCUUCCGUGGGCACCCUCUAGACGGCACCAAGAUGAGUUUCCCCGAGGGCUACAGAGCCGUUGUGGCCACUGAGGCCAAGAGACCGCUCUCGGAAGACGCUGAUCGCAAAUUUCAUGUAGUAGGAGGCUUCAAAGAUUUCGUAUACUGGAAUUGGGACAAGAAACCAUCUAAGAAUGACAACAUGGUUAAAGCACUGGAUUGGAUAGACAUUGCUGAUGCGAUUCACGGAGAUUGAUCUCCAAAUAGACAUGCGGAUAGUGAAAGAUGUCUAG